AUUGGAAAGAAAAGAAAUGUGAAUGUUCGAGAGUUCAAAGGAAAAGUUUUGAUUGACAUUCGAGAAUAUUACGAGGAUGACGCAGGCAACAUGAAGCCAGGAAAAAAGGGUAAAAAAAUAAAUCUAACAGACAUUCUCACCGUAAAUAAAUUGAGUCAGUUUGUAACCAUUCUAAUACUAAACCUAACCUUAUUAAUUCUAACCUUAAUCCUAAAUCUAAUCUCAUCUUGGUUUGAUCCGGGCUUAACAAUAAUCAUAAUACCCUAAUCCUUAUUACUGACUAGUAAGUUAUGUCAUAAUCUAUUUUUAGGUAUAUCUCUCCAGGUCGACCAAUGGGAAGCUCUGAAAGAACAUAUUGCCAAAAUAGACGAGGCAAUUGAAGAGUUAAAAUGA